AUGUCUUUCGCGCGCGCCUUUUCCCGUCCCACCUUCAACCCUUGCCUCGUCAACCUCCCCAAGCACGCCCGCCCCUUUUCACGCCUCGCGCCUCGCCUCGCCCCAUCAUCAUCUUCUUCUUCCCCCAGUGACCCAUCCUCCCCCAAGAUCCUCCUCGAAGACGCCGCCAACGGCUUCGGCCACAUCCGGCACAACCCGGUGCCGCCCAAGCCGCGACGCCGGGGCGUGACGGAGAUCCGGGGGCCCUACUACAGCGCCAUGGGCCCGCGCUACCUGUCGGACGUGCUGGAGACGGUCGGCCACCACGUCGACGGGCUCAAGUUCGCGGGCGGCUCCUUCUCGCUGUUCCCCGAGCCGCGCCUGCGCGAGCUGCUCGACGUCGCGCACCGCCACGGCGUGUACGCGUCGACGGGCGGCUGGAUGGAGCACGUGCUGGCGGGGGCCGGCGGCGAGGUGGGCAAGGCCGUCGACCGCUACCUCGACAAGCUGCGGGACUUGGGCUUCGACGUCGUGGAGGUGAGCACCGGCUUCUUGAGCCUGCCGCCCGACGACUGGGUGAGGCUCGUCGAGCGCGUGCAUGAGAAGGGGAUGAAGGCGAAGCCGGAGCUGGGGAUCCAGUUUGGGGCCGGCGGCGACACGGAGGCGGGCGAGCUGGAGGCCAUGGGGACGAGCGAUCCGAGCCGCGUGACGGGUUUGGCGAAGAGGUUCGUGAGGGAGGCGGGCGUGGAGAGGUGCAUGAUUGAGAGCGAGGGGAUUACUGAAAACGUGACGAAGUGGCGGACCGAUGUCAUUCAGCAGAUCCUGAGGGAGGUGCCCAUGGAGAAUGUCAUGUUCGAGGCGGCGGACCCCAAGGUUUUCAACUGGUACAUUCGUGAGUUUGGCGUUGAUGUCAAUCUCUUUGUGGAUCACUCCCAGAUCGUGCAGCUGUCAUGCCUCCGUCACGGCAUCUGGGGAAUGGCGGACACUUUCGGAAAGAUCACGACUUUCCGACCUUGA